AGCAAGCAAGCAAGCGCCGCCGAAACCGAGGGGCGGAAGGCGGACUGUAGCGAGAGAAAGGGGCGGACCAGAGGGGAUGGCACGCAAGCGCGAAGGAAGCUCGGAGAGCCCCACGCGGGCGCUCGCGGAGCCUCGGCGGUGGUUCUUUCAGUUCAGCUGUGAAGGGGCCUCGGGGCGGUAGGGAGUCGGCGGCGGAGUGUGCCGCCCGCUAUUGGGAGAGCGGAGCGAGGCGGGCGGACAAAUUCCGGACCAGGGUUGGUUUGAAAGGCGGAGCGGCAGCCGCUCUCGCCCUGUCCGCCCGGCCAGCCAUGGGGUAAAAGGGAGCGAGCGGACACCGAAACAAUAAAGCGGCUGGUGCUAGCGGGCUCCUCCCGCCGCUGACAGCGCCUGCCCGAGUGCGGGGGAAAGGGGCGAAGAUGCCGGGGGCCGGCAGGCGUUGACCGACCGACACACCCGCUAGCAGGAGAAGGAAGCCAAAGUGAAGCAAGGCGGUUGAGAAAGCGCGCGGUGGAUGCGUUUCGGGGUUUGGAGCGGCGGCGGCAGCAGCAGCAGCAGCAAAGGGAGAGGCGGAGGUCGGCAGGAGCGGAGAAAUGAUCGCGGAGUUGGUGAGCAGCGCCCUGGGGCUCGUCCUGUACCUCAACACCCUGGGCGCGGAUUUCUGCUACGACGACAGCCGAGCAAUCAAGACAAACCAAGAUCUUCUUCCUGAAACACCAUGGACGCAGUUAUUCUAUAAUGACUUUUGGGGCACUCUUCUGACCCACAGCGGGAGCCAUAAAUCCUACAGACCUCUCUGCACACUCUCUUUUCGCAUUAACUAUGCUAUUGGAGGAAUGGAUCCUUGGAGUUACCAUCUUGUAAAUGUCCUUCUACAUGCAGCAGUCACGGGUCUUUUCACUAAUUUUUCUCGAGUGCUGUUUGGUGAUGGACACUGGACCUUAUUAGCUGGUUUGCUGUUUGCUUCUCAUCCCAUUCACACUGAAGCAGUGGCAGGGAUUGUGGGAAGAGCUGAUAUUGGAGCUUGCCUUUUCUUUCUGCUCUCCCUAGUCUGUUAUAUUAAACACUGCUGUACAAGAAACUACUCAGAAGGAACCUGGGGCUGGAUCUUGGGUGCCGGUCUGUGUGCCACUUGCAGCAUGUUAUGGAAGGAGCAAGGAGUGACCGUGUUGGCAGUGUCAGCGGUUUAUGAUGUAUUUGUAUUUCAUAGGCUAAAAAUGCACCAAAUUGUUCCUGCUGUAUAUAAGAGGAAGAAUUGGCCUCUUCUUUUGAGCAUUGGUUUAUUGAUCUUCUGGGGAGCUUUAUUGCUGGGUCUUCGCUUCUACUGGAUGGGGAACAAACCUCCCAGCUUUUCCAACUCUGACAAUCCAGCAGCUGACUCAGAUAGUUUUUUAACAAGAGCUCUGACCUUUUUUUAUUUGCCAACCAAAAACCUUUGGCUGCUGUUGUGCCCAGACACUCUUAGCUUUGAUUGGUCCAUGGAUGCUGUGCCUCUUCUCAAAACAAUCAGUGACUGGAGGAACCUACACACAGUGGCCUUUUAUGCUGGACUCCUCCUCCUUACUUAUACCAGUUUGAGAAAUUCCAGCAUAGAAAGAGAAGGCAGUGGGAAAAGUAUAACAAAUGGCAGACUUAAUGGCAAUGGUCACAACUACCUAUCUGAACUGGAAUAUAAAGAGUUGAGGUCCAGUUUUGCGUCUAAAGAAGAAAAUGGCAUUAACAAAGGCUUACCACAAAAACCACACAUCCCCUCAACAGAGAAUAUUGUGGUUCUGUCACUGUCUUUAUUAAUUGUUCCUUUUAUUCCUGCCACAAACUUAUUUUUUUAUGUAGGCUUUGUGAUAGCAGAGCGUGUGUUGUAUAUACCUAGUAUGGGCUUCUGCCUCUUGAUCACUGUGGGCACAAGAGCCCUUUAUGUCAAAGUCCAAAAGCGCUUUCUGAAGAACUUGAUUUUUUUGGCUACUGCUGCAUUAAUUUUUUUUUUCGGACUGAAGACAUUUGUCAGGAACGGGGACUGGCAGAAUGAAGAGAUGCUGUAUAAAUCAGGGAUUAAAGUAAAUCCAGCUAAAGCAUGGGGUAACCUUGGAAAUGUUUUGAAGAGCCAGAGUAAGAUUUCAGAAGCUGAAAGCGCCUAUAGAAAUGCCUUGUAUUACCGCAGCAACAUGGCUGAUAUGCUUUAUAAUUUGGGAUUAUUAUUACAGGAGAACAACAGGUUUUCAGAAGCACUGCAUUAUUAUAAAUUGGCUAUAGGAAGCAGACCUACUUUAGCCUCUGCUUAUUUAAAUACUGGUAUCAUCUUAAUGAAUCAAGGCAAAGCUGAGGAAGCCAAGAAGACAUUUUUGAAGUGUUCAGAGAUUCCUGAUGAAAACUUAAAAGAUCCUCAUGCUCAUAAGAGUUCUGUUACCAGCUGCCUUUAUAACCUGGGGAAACUUUACCAUGAACAAGGACAGUAUGAGGAUGCCCUUAUAGUUUACAAAGAGGCGAUACAGAAAAUGCCAAGACAGUUUGCACCACAGAGUUUAUAUAAUAUGAUGGGAGAAGCCUACAUGAGACUUAGCAGAUUCUCCGAAGCAGAACAUUGGUAUGUGGAAUCACUGCAUUCUAAAACUGAUCACAUUCCAGCUCAUCUCACCUAUGGGAAACUUCUUGCUUUAACGGGUCGCAAGAGAGAGGCAGAAAAAUAUUUCUUAAAGGCAAUUCAGUUGGAUCCUAUGAAGGGAAACUGUUAUAUGCAUUAUGGCCAGUUUCUAUUAGAAGACUCUCGGUUGAUGGAAGCAGCAGAGAUGGCCAAGAAAGCAGCUGAGUUGGAUAAUACAGAGUUUGAUGUUGUGUUCAAUGCGGCUCAUAUGCUUAGACAAGCUAGUCUCAAUGAAGCAGCUGAAAAAUAUUACAAAAUGGCAGCUGAGCUAAGACCUAAUUACCCAGCUGCCUUAAUGAAUUUGGGAGCUAUUCUUCAUCUCAAUGGCAAACUUUUGGAGGCUGAAUCAAACUAUCUUCAUGCCCUUCAGUUUAAACCGGAUGAUGUCAUCACACAAUCAAAUCUUCGCAAACUCUGGAAUAUUAUGGAAAAACAAGGCUUAAGAACAACCAAAACAUAAUGCAGGGUUUUUAAAAAGUGUUGUCAUUUUUUUUGUUUGCAAAGAGUUUUAAAAAAUAAAAUAAAAUCCAAAAUAAC